ACUAAUGAGUGGAGUUAAAAGAGAGAAAGUGCAGACGGGCAAAAGAAAGAGAAGUAGAAAAAGAAGAAAGAAGAAGAAGAAGAAGAAGAAGGAGAAACAGCACCAGAGGAUGAAGUGUUCACCAGCACUACCUCGUCCGCCACUCCACCGCAGUUCGUCCUCCUCCCCACCACCAGACUGGGUAGAUGACAACUAUCUAGGGGGUUUUCAUUCCAAUUGCUAAGGCCUUGCUGGGGUAAAUAUUGUUGUGAAUAAAAGGUGUUGAUUGGGUGUGAUGGUGUGAACUCACUGGUGGAUAGGUGGCUGGGGGACCUGGAGUUCAAGAAACCAGCUUCCACAAUGAGAUUUCGACAAGGGGCUGUGUUCAUUUCAAGUGCAGAUGCAGUUCUUUAGGUUUGGUUUUAUUCCUUGCUAUGAUAACUCUGUUUAUUUUUCACUUGGACUCGAUCUAGCCAAGGCUAAGAGAAUGCUGAAAAAUUUCAUGAUUAAGACUGCGCACCAGAGCAUAGAAUAUAAAAUAAUUGGCCUGAGUGAUUCUCGAUGCAAGGACCAGUUAUUUGAUAUGAGAGUGAAAAAUGGUGACGGUGCAAAUAAAGGUCAUUCCGUGGCUAUCAGUGUCUAUGAUUAUUUCCUUCAACAUUAUAACAUACAACUUCAAUAUUCUGCAUACAUGCCAUGUGUUGAUGUCGGCAAGCCAGAACGGCCCAAAUAUUUGCCUCUGGAGCUCUGUACGCUUAUUCCCGAUCAAUGCUACACAAAAGCAUUAUCUUUGAUGCAGAGGGCAUCAUUAGCUAAAAAGUCAAGGCCGAAUCCUCAGGCAAGAGUACGAACUCUGAUUGAUGCUGUGGGAAACCAAAAAGAUGACCCUGUGCUUGCUGAGUUUCAUAUUUCUAUAGAGAAACAAUUGACUCAGGUUGAGGGCCGCAUCCUUGAGACUCCAAAGUUGAAGGUUGGUAACAACGAAGACUGCAUCCCUUGUAAUGGGCGAUGGAAUUUCAAUAGCAAGCUGGGAUGUGGAGCAGACAAAGAGACCAUUACUCCAGUAAGAUGCUCAGAUUAUAAGACUUCCCUUAUCCAAAUACCAUGUCGCAUAUAAGCAAUGCUUGAAACGGUUUGACCAUCACUGCCAAUGGAUAUCUUUUUUUUUUUUUUUUUUUUUUUUUUUUUUUUUUUUUUUUUUUUUUUUUUUUUUUUUUUUUUUUUUUGAGAAACUACCAAUGGAUAUCUAAUUUGUGGUGAAGGUGAUAAGUUGUACUAAAUGGUUUGGUCAGUUCAUAGAAUAGGUAGAUAUACGUGGGAAAGACAUUCCUGGUACAAUUUUUAUCAUCUCAUUUGUAUCUCUUCUUUACUAUUGUUUCUUUUGGUUGUUGUUAAAA